AUGCAUCAUAACUUUCUUAUUUCAGUAAAAAAUGAAAUUAAAAUAGAAGAAGAAGAUGUCAAUAUUAUCAACGAGAAAGGAAACAAGGUUUACUACAUUCAUGCUCCUGGAAAUUACUCAUUACAUUUCAAACGAAUUAAAGUUGAAAAGGAUUUCGGCUUCUUAGCCGGAGAAAUUGGUAUAACGUUACAAGUACCAAUCAUCGAAGGACCAGCAGGGAUUAGAUUUGAUCUACCGUACACAAUGGUGCCAGAAACGGGAUUACUCUCACAACAAUGUGAUGAACACAGUGGUAUUAUUGAACGAAAUGCCCAAAUCAGAUUUGUUAAUAUCUAUCCGGCAAUCCUUGAAGGAUCUUUAUGUUUGCAGAGGACCAUUAGCCUGCCAAACAGAAAUACUCUAGAGCAGCUAAUUCGAAGUAAAGUUCAAGGAAUCGAUGAUGAGGUUAAGAAGAGGCUAAACAAGGGGCGAGGUCGAUUUCAAGUUUUUCUCAACCUCAUUGCUGCUGACAAGCCAUCCAUCUCCAAAAAGCGUUGGUUUGAAGGAUCGAAAGAGUGCAAAUGCUGUGAAUCUCCUACAUCUUCGUGUGGAUCAUUAGCUUAUCUCUAUUGCAACAUAGAGGACUGCAAAAGUGGCUGGGCUUUGCAAUGUUUGCAUAACACGGCUAGAAUAGCUGCUUGCUAUACUUGCAAAUGCUGUGAAUCUCCCACAUCUUCGUGUGGAUCAUUAGCUUAUCUCUAUUGCAAUAUAGAGGACUGCAAAAGUGGCUGGGCUUUGCAAUGUUUGCAUAACACUGCUAGAAUAGCUGCUUGUUAUACUGUGGAGUUUAACUACAGGUAAUU